AUGACCGGCUCUGACACCGAUGCGAUCGUCAAGCAGCUGUUUGACAGGCCCUUGCCGCCUCUGGAGCCGGGUACAACUGUGUAUGAUAAGAGUCUGGUGGAUCGGAUAGCGAAGCUCCCAGAGCAUAUGUUUGUCGUUGCUUCGCUUCAUCUGGCCAACGACGACAUACAUCGCGCACACCUGAUUGCGCAGGACAAUGAAGGGGACGCAACAGGCAACCUCCUCCACGCCACUCUACAUCGCCGAGAAGCCGACUACUGGAACUCGAAAUACUGGUUCUCGCGUGUCGGAUCUCAUCCUACCAUACCGUCUUUGAGCGAUGCCAAGGCGUUUGUGGACGCAUGCGAGGCAGUUCAGAAGGAGGGGGACGGGGACAAGGAGAAGCAGCGGCUGAGGGAGAAGCAAUGGGAGGAGCUGAAGGGUUUGGUGAACUGGACAAGGGAGAACUGCAAGUAG